CCUUCCAGUUUAGCUACCGUGCAGGUACCCGGAUGUAAGCAGCCAAUCAGAAACGAGCUCGUCUCCACCCAACUGUCGCGAAAUGUUUAUCGGCGUUCCAGAAGCGCUUUACGUUAGUCACUGCAAUGAGGGACAACACUGCAGUUUUCCUGCUACUUUUGAUCUGAAUGUGUCUUUCACAGCCUGACGUUCUCUGAUUGUUCUGGAGGAUGGAUCCUGUGGUUCUGAGCUACCAGGACAGCCUGCUGCGGCGCUCCGACGUUUCCCUACUGGAAGGACCUUACUGGCUCAACGACCAGGUCAUCGGUUUCGCCUUCGAGUACUUUGCUGCUGAGCGCUUCAGAGUCCUGGGAGAGGCCAUCAUCUUCAUCAGCCCCGAGGUCACGCAGUUCAUCAAGUGUGCUUCCUGCCCCGGCGAGCUGGCUUUGUUCCUGGAGCCGCUGGAUCUGGCUUCCCGCCGCUGGGUCUUCCUGGCCGUCAACGACAACUCCAACCAGUCGGCCGGAGGAUCCCACUGGAGCCUGCUGCUGUACCACCACACCUCCAACCACUUCGCCCACUAUGACUCUCAGAACGGCAGCAACUCGCUGCACGCCCGACGCAUCGCCAGCAAGCUGGAGCCGUUCCUGAGCGCCGGGAGGAAAGCGCUGUUCGUAGAGGAGCCCUGCCCGGUGCAGCAGAACAGCUAUGACUGUGGCAUGUACGUCAUCUGCAUCGCCGAGGCCCUGUGUGAGAAGGCUAGGGUGGAGGGCUCGCCUCGCCUUCCCGUGCAAACCAUCACCCCGGCUUACAUCACCCAGAAGAGGGCCGAGUGGUGCAGACUGAUCCAGAGUUUAGCUCAGAAUGACCUCUGCUGCUCGCUGUCCUUCCCUUAGCUCGUCCACCGGCCCUCCGUUUAUGCAGAACACCGUCAGCACACAUAUCUACUGCUGGAAAACCCCAAUGCACUCCUUGAAUACACUAUAUAACGUUAUAUGAAAUAUAUUUCUAUUACAGUCUGACAAACUCCAGAAUAGAGUUAAAAAAUAAAGCAGGAUCUUUAAAGGUUCAGAGAACAGUCGGUGUCAUGUUUCUCUCAUUAUAUGCACAGCUACGAACCGUACGUAAACCAGAACACCAGCAUGCCUAGAAGCUCCUCUCUUGUAAAUAUUCAGCCCGGAUGGAGAAACGUCAUGUGGAAGAGGCAACUUUUCUUCUCUUCAUUUUAUUGGUUUGGAGCGAAUAUAGAAAUGUUUACACAGAUUAUUGCUCAGGGUCAUUUUAAAUGAACUGAAUUGACAAUAAGAAUGUGCAGAAUUAACACUGGCUCCUGCUUCAUAUCUCAUAUUCGUUUUGUUUCUCGGUUUGAAAGGCGUCGCGUCCAAAACUACGUUCGGUUGUGAAGCAAAAGAAUCUGGCUGUCUGAGGGUGAAAUGUGAGCAGCGUUGAGCGGUGGAAUGUAUGUUCUCACAAAAAGCAUCAAACUCAUCAUCUGUUGGUUGAAUAAAUGUCACAUUUUUGUUGACAAGAAGGUGAAAAUA